CCAUAGGAAGUGGCAAUUAGGGGUUUGUUGAUAAGGAGAAGGAAAUGUCGAUUUCAGUUGGUAGAAGCACCCAUAUACUAUCAUGCUCUUGUUCUUCAUCUUCCAUAGCAAAACAGACCACAGGCAAGAGUACAUAUAGGGCAUCAUUUGGCACAACUUCUGUAUAUUCUUCUGCUAAAUGGGGAAGGGGCUCACGAUUCUUGAAAACCGCCAUCCGUGCACAAGAUCGGCCUACAUGGCUUCCUGGGCUUGAUCCACCGCCCUAUCUUGACGGAACUCUUGCUGGAGAUUUUGGGUUUGAUCCUCUUGGACUUGGAGAGGAUCCUGGGAGCUUGAAGUGGUAUGUGCAGGCAGAACUGGUUCAUGCUCGUUUUGCUAUGGCUGGGGUUGCUGGAAUUCUCUUUACUGAUUUGCUUCGUGUAACAGGGAUAAGUGACCUACCAGUGUGGUAUGAAGCAGGUGCCACCAAGUUUGGUUUUGCCAGUACUAGAACGCUGUUCAUUAUUCAAUUACUUCUGAUGGGAUUUGCUGAGACUAAAAGGUACAUGGAUUUCAUUGAUCCAGGGUCUCAAGCCAAAGAAGGGUCUUUUUUUGGUUUGGAAGCGGCCCUAGAAGGUUUAGAACCUGGGUAUCCUGGUGGACCUUUGUUAAAUCCUCUUGGUCUUGCUAAGGACAUAGCAAAUGCUCAUGAGUGGAAACAGAAGGAGAUAAAAAACGGCCGGCUUGCAAUGGUAGCGAUGCUUGGAAUAUUUGUGCAAGCUAAUGUUACUCAUGUGGGUCCCAUCGACAACCUAGUUAGGCACCUAUCAAACCCAUGGCAUGAAACCAUCAUUCAAACCCUUGCUGGGCCUGGUUCUUGAGUAGUUGAGUCUAUGAGUUGAAUUCACUUGUUAAAAUCAAGGCCAUGAAAGUGGAAAGAAACUUCUUGCAAGAGCAAAGUGUUGUAUGAUAACCUCUAUUUUUUUCAUAGUAAACGCAAUUUCUAUUA